GGUCAUUGUACGACUAUGAUAACCAUGGUGAUAACCGUCGUGAUGAAUAUCGUGAUGAAUAUCGUAUGACUAUCUCAAUUGACCCAUUAACCCAGAAGUUGGGAAGAUCUACCACCUUAAAGUCCUAUCAAAAGUAA